AUGUGCUUUGCCCCUUUUAAGCGUCAUUGGGAUUUCUCAUCAACGCUGUCCGCAGCUGACCAACGGCGUGACCUGGUCCGAGCCUAUCUCCAGCUUGAUUCAGUUCCCAAAGACUGGGACGCAACGGGUCGGUUCUACCUAGCCACUACAAUCACGCACAUUCCCACAGAACAUGAGAUACGUGAGAUUAUUGCAUCUUGGCCAUCUCUUCGCCGGCGCGAAGCCGCCCUACAUCUAUGGCGGGAUCGUAACGAUGAAGAGAUCUGGCUACGCACGUACUAUGGCCAAGGCUCAGAUAACAAGUUUCACGAAUUUCGAGAGACCGAUGAGGAUUAUGACCCCGCCUUUGAGGAAGAUUGUCGCACGUGGACAAUUCUCGAUGAUCAAGCUUUGCUCGAGGGCGAUUGGUCUACUGGAUUUGACGUACUACCUGAGCUGGCAGGCCCAACACCAAACUAUGAUCCAUAUGUCCACCGCCAUCUGGGAAAUCCUGAUAAGCUCGAGAUAUUGCGCCAAAAGUUGCGCGAAUUAAAAUCAAUCCCGAUAAGCUAGCCAGCUAUAUGGUAGACCAUUAG